AUGGGUAAACGAAAAUCUAAACGAAAACCUCCACCAAAACAAAAACGAAUCGAAGCACUUGCCGCUGUAUUUCCAUGUCCAUUUUGUUCACAUGAUCGUUCAUGUGAAGUUAAAGUUGAUCGAAAAGCAAAUGUUGGUACAAUUGAAUGUCGCAUGUGUCAAGAAGCAUACUCAACAUCAAUUCAUUAUUUAAGUGAAGCAGUUGAUGUGUAUAACUCAUGGAUUGAUGCAUGUGAAGAACAAAAUCGAGAUUAA